CCUCCUCUGGUGCUGAUUGGUUGAGCUGGGAGGAAGCCGCGCUCUGAUUGGCGGGCAGGGCGUUCCGGGGGCGGGCAGAUGAGGCCGGGUUCAGGGGCGGCCGGGCGGGUUGAGGGCAGAGAGAAUCAUGGCGGCGCCGCUGCGGGAUCGGUUGGGUUUCCUGAGCCGGCUGCCCACUCUGAUGAAAGGCACCUCCGAUGAUAACGUCCCAUGCCCUGGGUACCUGUUUGAAGAAAUCGCAAAGAUCUCCCACGACUCCCCCGGGAGCAGCCAGUGCCUCCUGGAGCAUCUCCUGAACCGGCUGCAGAAUAACUCCUGUCACGUCAAGCUGAAGGUGCUGAAGAUCCUGCUGUACAUGUGCACGCACGGCUCGGCGCGGUUCCUCCAGCAGCUGAAAAGGAAUUCCGCCUUCAUCCAGGAAGCAGCAGUGUUUGCAGGGCCGCCGGAUCCCCUGCACGGCAACAGCAUGUACCAGAAGGUCCGAGCAGCAGCACAGGACUUGACCAGUGCUUUAUUUUCCGAUACCUUGCUGCCCCUGGCGACUGCUCAGCCCUGCAGGCCGCUUCCCCCAACAGGUAAGCACCAGCCCUCAGUGAAGAUGCCUACCAGCCCGUCACAGCGCAGCGCCGUGCUGCCCGGCCCACAGCUCCCGCCUCCCCGCCCCAGGGAGCUGCAGGAAGAUGCCUACCAGCCCGUCACAGCGCCGCCUCCUGGCAAGAGCCGUGCGGGGCCGGGGAAGCCCCCUGCUGCUCCUGCCCACAGUGUCCGAGGGAGCCACCAGGCCGGGCAGGCGGGAGGCGGCUGGGAAGAGGUGGAGAGGGGGCACAGCUCCCAGAACUCCUCGCAGUUCAGCAAGUGGGGCAGCGACGGCCAGUCGGCAGCCAGCCGGGAGCUGGGGGCUGUCACGGAGAGGGUGGAGGGGGGCUGCCUGAGAGAGCUGAGCCUGGUGAGCACGCUGACCCGGGGCUCCAAGGUCUUCCUGACGCGGGACGAGACCCAGCACUUCGUCAAAGAAGGUCCAUGUGUGCCGUAUCCUGCCUCCUGUGCUCCGACCUGCUGGCCCACGAGCAGAUCUUUGCGCUCAGCCAACGAAGCCCCGGCCCCGUGGCCAACAAAGCCACAAAGCCUCUCCCUGUUUGCUGGCAUGGAGCUGCUCCCCUUUCCCCGCCCAGCAGGAGCCAGCCCUGGCGAGAGGGGAUGUGGCUUUCCUGUUCCAUGGACACCGCCCUGUACUGGGACCCGCAGGGGACCCGGGGACGCUGAGGGCAGCCAGGAAACUUCUGCAUUCUCCUUCCUCAACAUGUAGCAGCUGGGCCUGCUGAGCAACUGGGGCCUCCCUCGCUGUGUCUUGCUCCCAGGCCACUGCUGCGGGGGCACCGGGCUGCCCUUCCGACUGGCACUGCGGGGCACCGGGUGACUCAGCCCACAGCAAGCCUUCCCCCUCCUUGUGGGCGCUGCACAGGCCCCGUCCUGCUGGGGAGUAACUGGCUGGGGCUCAGCAAGGGAA